AUGGCAUCUGUCGCAGCUCUAACGCGUGCUAUAUUAAGCACAAAUGUAAUAAAUGCCGGUCGUGCUUCAGCGAUAUCACAUACCGGUUUUAUUAAAUUCUACAGCACUGCCCCACAAUAUGAAAAUAUCAAGAUAGACAUUGUAGGUGAAAAGAAGAAUGUAGGCCUGAUCCAAUUGCACAGACCAAAAGCAUUGAAUGCUCUUUGCAAUGCUCUAUUCAAAGAGCUCGGCCAAGCAGUCAAGGCCUUUGAUGCAGAUGAAAAAAUUGCUGCUAUUAUCAUUACUGGUAAUGAAAAGGCAUUUGCGGCUGGUGCCGAUAUCAAAGAAAUGCAAGACAAUACUUACAGCAAAACAACUAAAGAGGGAUUCUUGCAAGAAUGGGAAGAUGUGUCCAACUGCGGCAAACCUAUCAUAGCCGCUGUUAACGGAUUUGCGCUCGGUGGUGGCUGUGAAUUAGCAAUGCUCUGUGACAUCAUAUACGCUGGAGAGAAGGCCAAGUUCGGUCAGCCAGAGAUCAACAUUGGGACCAUUCCUGGCGCUGGAGGCACCCAACGCCUGCCAAGAUAUGUUGGCAAGUCCAAAGCCAUGGAAAUCGUACUGACUGGCAACUUCAUUAAUGCUCAAGAAGCAGAGAAAAUGGGUCUUGUGAGCAAAGUGUUCCCGGUAGAGAAGUUGUUAGAAGAAACCAUCAAACUUGCAGAAAGGAUUGGAACACACUCACCAUUAAUAGUCAAGAUGGCCAAGCAAGCAGUAAACCAAGCAUAUGAAACUACCUUAAAAUCUGGGCUACAAUAUGAAAAAUCUUUGUUCUAUGGAACUUUUGCUACGGAGGACCGCAAAGAGGGUAUGAGUGCAUUUAUUGAAAAGAGAGCACCUACAUUUAAAAACAAU